GUGAUGUACGUUACGUGCAAAGCGGUUUCACGAUUUUCAUGUAAAUAUCAUAAUAUACGUCUUACACCUGAUGCGCGGUUCGGGGUAAUAUUUACCCUUUGUAAAAAUAUGAAAAUAGAAAAUUAAAAGAUAGGAUGAAUGAAAUUAUAUCUCUUCAAUUAAUUAUUCGUUCAAUAUUUUUACACAGCGGUUCAAGAAGAACGAGGACCCAGACGCAGGGUGAAGAUAUCACCGUCUUCGUCAUCGUCGUCAGCUCGGAUUACGAGUUCGGUUUCGGGAUCUCAAAUGUUUUGCAACGAUAAUAAAAUGGCCGCCGUGUCGUCCGUGCAGACCAAGAUUUCCGAAUCUUUCACCAUACGCCCCGCGUCAGGUGUAAAUUGCCGAGUUCAACAACCGAUUUUAAUAUCUCCAAAACCGAUGUUCGAAAAUCGUAUGAACCCACGUCUCAUUCUACCUCCGAUGAAUUUUCAGAAUAAUUAUCCCAUAGCCGUCACGUCCUUCGGAAGGACCGUGUUACCCGCAGGUCAGCGAAAAUUAUAUGAAAACUUUACCUUAAGUUUUCAUAAUUCAUGUAUCCAAUGAAAAAAAAAAAGAAAUUAUCAUUCCCCCGAAUUACUAGCGUUUUCUCUGUUUUUGGCAGGUGAAGUUAUACAGUACGAAGUCUCGGCGCAAAUUCUUUUAGCCGCCGUACGUUGCGCCAGAAAUCAUCGUGAUUUUUCAAUGUUGAGUCGCGUAGAACAGAACGGCAUACUUCAACGUGGUUGGCCGGUACUCUUUGCGUUACGUGCUUCAAUAUGGCCGUUGGAUAUCGGAGUUCUUCAAUCAAGUACACCGAUAUCGGGGAAAAUGGCGUUGAAAAGUUUGGCGAGGGCUAGAGCCACCUUAAUGGAAGUUCGUCCCGAUCACCUGGAACUUUCAAUUCUCGAAACAUUCGCGCUCUGUCGUCCGGAACUUGCAGAGACCAACGAGGGACAGAUAAUAAUGACUAAGGCGAGGGACGCCGCCGCUGAUAUUCUUAUUCGACAUUUGGAAACAAGAAAUGAUCACGCCGGUCAAAGAUUAGCAAGGAUAAUGCUCAUACUACCCACUCUGAGCGCUUGCUGUUCUUGCGAUUUUGCGAGCACUUUAUUCGCUGCGAUAAUAGGAGACGCGGCUGUCUUGGAUCAAGUCAUAGCGUCGAUACAGUAAACUUUGUAUCAUAUGUAAAAUAUUUUUUGAUUCGUCAAACAAUUAUAAAAAAAAUAAACCAAGUAAAAGGAUGCAGACGAUUUUUUUAGAGCGGUAUCGGGUGCUCGUCAACGUCGUGUUUUGGCCAUUUGAAUAAGCAGAUUUUCAUGGAAUUUUGGUAAAUUGUGAAACAAUAAUUUUCACCGUGAGUAAAUACGUCUGAUGAGAUAAUAGAAAUUAUUAUAUAACAUUCCUUUUAUGGAAACGUAGGUGUGUGUGUACGUGUCUUCGAUAAUAAGGAAAACUGUAUUGAAAAAGAAACUGAGUGAAUUAAAUGCGUGUGUAGGAAAUGUGAGAAAAUGGAAAAUUGUCCUAAAUUCGAUUCCAUCGCUCGACAUUGUAACAGAAACGUGUGUAAAAUAGAUAUAAUUGAUGAAUGUUAUAGCAAAAAAAAAAAAUUAACGGUCUUUGGCAUACCUCAGCCAAAUGAUAAUUUUAAAAAUAUAUUAAACAAUUAUCGAAAUUCGUAAAAUAAUUUUUCAAUAUUGCCUGUACGUGAUCAUAUGGCUUUUCACAUAUAUAGAAGUGCCCGUGUUUACCUAAUCUAUCCGACAAAAUAUCGCAGCGAUCAAGCUAUAGGAUGAUCAUUCAAUCAACCGGUUUUGCAAGAUCAUUUGUAGAAAAGAAAUUUGCAUAUAAGUCGCGUAUUUAUAAAAUCCAUUCAAUUCUCAACCGCAUUACCGGAGGAAUUUAUUCAAAAAAAAAAAAAAAAAAAAAACUUUUUUGUUUAUUUCAAAUUAACUGUUAUGGGGCAGACAACUAAUAGUCGUGAUUAGACUUCGUUUUCUUGUUGAAUUUCUUUUAUUUUCUUCAGAUUUUAUUUCUUUAUUAUUCAACUCCAUAGAUUCAUAGCUCAGUAAUUGCGCUGUGCAGAACCAGCA